CCAGGAGGUCCAUCUGUAAGUGGGUUGUACUUUUCAUUCUUACCCAGAAAUCCUCUAUUUUGCACGACAUGUGGAACAAUCUGCUUUUUGUGCUCAUUUUGUUUGGCAUUGACUUCAUACUUGCCAUCACACACUCCCUGCAGUAUGUCUACAGCGGUUCAUCAGGGAUACCAAACCUCCCAGAGUUUAUGACCGUGGGGCUGGUGGACGGGGAGCCCAUCACUUACUAUGACAGUAACAUACGCAGAGAGGUUCCUCGUCAGGAAUGGAUGGCAAAAGCUGUGGAUCCUGAUUACUGGAACAGGAACACUCAGGUCUCCAUGGAUACAGAGCCGGUGUUCAAAACCAACAUAGAAGUGGCAAAGCAGCGUUUCAACCAAACCGGAGGUAUCCACACAGUUCAGCAGAUGUACGGCUGUGACUGGGAUGAUGAA